UUAAUGGCGAUCCAGCUGCGUGGAUCACAGUCCAAAUUAUAGACUGUGAUGUCAUGACGCACAGCUCCUAUUCUUCACCUUCUCCGUUUGUGGCCCCCACUCAGCUGAUGCAUUAAGAAGUGCGGGCUUUCGUGGUGGGCUCUGAACGCCCCCGCUUUCUGGUGCUGCGUGUUCGGUUCUGGUGAUUCUGCCGGACUGUGUUCGUUUGGGCAUUUCUGUCCCUUUGGAUCCAGAGUGCAGCCAUCCUGGUUCCUGCGCUCGAACACGUUUACUCAUUGAGAAAAGACAGGAGCCGUACUCCAUCCUCAUCCCCAUCCUCGCCCUCUAGCACCCCGCCCCUUCCUCCUCUCCGACUCUCCCCUCCGUGCGUCUGAGGGGUACGUCGCCGUGCACGUGCCGGGGAGAGAGAGUCGCAACUGUUCCGUGCGCUGUCCGCCGGACGUUAGCGAGUAUUGGCGCUCUGCAACCGGGUGGCGGAGGCGGAGGAAGGGGGGAGACUGGACUCGGAACCAGGAGAAGCGCCGCGGCUUCUCAUAGCCCGCUCUCCCGAAACAUGGAGUUGUUUCUUCUCGUCCUUCUACCCCUUUUUUCGGGAUUAUUUCCGCGCGCCGAGCCUGCGGAGGUGUCGGACGGGGAGAAAGGUGUUCAGGAGGUGGAGAUCAGAUGUCCCCUCAACCACAUACAGUGUUUAGGGACAAAAAAGUGCAUCCAUUUCAACAAACUGUGUAACGGGGCUCGGGACUGUGAGGACGGCUUCGACGAAGGAGUCCACUGUCGAGAGCUCCUGUCAGCCUGCCACGAGCUCCGGUGUCGCUACGGCUGUGUCAUGACAAGAAACGGCACCUUCUGUUUCUGCGCCGAUGGUUUCGAGGUCGGAGAGGACGGAACGAGCUGCAGAGAUCAUGAUGAAUGUGCCACGUACGGUGCAUGCAGCCAAACGUGCACGAACACCUAUGGGUCAUACAGAUGCAGCUGCACAGAGGGAUACAUCCUGCAACCUGACGGGAGAUCUUGCAAAGCCAAACAAGAUCCCGGUGACAGUUAUCCGCUGCUUCUCAUUGGUGGCCCAGAUCGUAUUGUCAUCACCCAUCUAAAUGGGACAGGUCUUCAGCCCCUGAGGUCUCUGAGUGCAGAAGGAAUACUUGCAUUGGAUUUCCUGCACAGCCAGGAAAGUGUCUGCUGGUCCUUGUCUACAGAGUCCUCUGGGCAACUGCGCUGCGCCGUAACAAGGAAUCUACGUAGAUUCACACGGGAACAAGAAAUAAGGACACAACACAGUUUGCAAAAUGUGGAGCAGAUGGCCAUCGACUGGCUGACAGGAAACUAUUACUUUGUUGACCGUGUCACCAACAAGAUAUUUGCCUGUGACCGCACUGGGAUAACGUGUGUCACCAUCGUACAGUUAGAUCUGCUGAAUCCCAAAGGAUUAGCCUUGGAUCCUGUUAAGGGAAUGAUGUUCUUCACUGAUUACGGGAAUGCUGCCAAGAUCGAGCGCUGCAACAUGGACGGCACCAACCGGACGCGGCUGGUGGACCACAGGAUUGAACAGCCCACAGCUGUGGCACUGGAUGUCAUCAAGAAGCUGGUGUAUUGGGCUGAUGCCUACCUGGAUUACAUCGACGUAGUGGAUUACCAAGGAAAGAACCGGCACACCAUUGCCCAUGGGAGCCAAGCUUCGUACAUAUAUGCAUUAGCUGUGUUCGAGGAUUUCCUCUAUGCUGUCCACUCUGACCCAACGAGAGCGAGUUCCUCUGUGGAGCUGCUGCAGGUGCACAGGUUCAACAUAUCAGCAGACAGCAGGAAACUAGCCAACCUGGGAAAUUCUAGGGCACUUCGUGUUUACCACAAACUCACUCAGCCAAAAGCUAAGAGCCACGCAUGUGAGAUGGAUAGAUACGGAAAACCUGGAGGAUGCUCCCACAUCUGCCUUUUGAAUGGCAAUUACAAAUCCAGAACUUGCCGUUGUCGGACCGGCUACAGCCUGGGCUAUGAUGGAAAAUCCUGCAAAAAGCCCAAAAGUGAUUUCUUCCUGUUCUACGGCAAAGGCCGUCCUGGGGUCAUCAGAGGCCUGGAUAUGAACAUCAAGUCCAGCGAUGAGCACAUGGAGCCCAUCGAAGACCUGGUGAACCCUCGAGCCAUCGACUACCACGUAGAAACAGGAUAUGUCUACUUUGCUGACACUACCAGCUUCCUGAUAGGACGUCAAAAAAUAGAUGGAAGUGGCAGAGAGACCAUUCUCAAAGAUGAACUGGACAAUGUUGAAGGAAUCUCAGUGGACUGGAUCGGAAAUAACUUGUAUUGGACCAACGAUGGGUACAGGAAGACAAUCAGUGUUGCCAGGCUGGAAAACGCUUCUCAGACCAGGAAGACUCUGCUGGAAGGGAACAUGUCGCACCCCCGCGCCAUUGUUGUCGAUCCUCUGAACAGCUGGAUGUACUGGACAGACUGGGAGGAGGAUGAGGUCAACGACAGCAUCGGCCGCAUAGAAAAAGCUUGGAUGGACGGAUCCAACCGCGGCAUCUUUGUUACCUCCAACAUGCUCUGGCCCAACGGCUUAACCCUGGACCACAGCACCAGCACCAUGUUCUGGUGUGAUGCGUACUACGAUCACAUUGAGAAGAUUCAUCUGAAUGGAUCGGGAAGAAUGGUGGUGUACAGAGGAAAAGAGCUGAACCAUCCGUUUGGAAUCUCUCAUUACGGUGAUUUCAUCUUUUGGACCGAGUACAUGAACGCUUCAGUAUUUCAGCUGGACUUGUCCACGGGCGAUGUCACUUUGCUGCGGAGCGAGAGACCUCCACUGUUUGGGCUGCGUGUCUACGAUGCACAGAGUCAGCAAGGUGACAACGCAUGCAGCGUGAAUUAUGGAGGCUGCGCUACCCUCUGCCUUGCCAUCCCAGGAGGCAGAGUUUGCGCCUGUGCUGACAACCAGGUUUUGGAGAAGAACAAUGUCACCUGUGCAGAAGCUUCCAGCAGCAGUUUGGAGCCACAGCGGUGUAAAAGCGAUGAGUUCCAGUGUCACAAUCAGCGCUGCAUUCGGAGCGUGUGGAAGUGUGACGGUGACGAUGAUUGUCUGGAUGGAAGUGAUGAGGAGAGACACAUCUGCUACAAUCACACCUGUCCCGCUGACCAGUUCAAAUGCAGCAACAACCGCUGCAUUCCGAAGAGGUGGCUGUGCGAUGGAGCCAAUGACUGCGGGAACAACGAAGACGAGGCCAAUGCCACCUGCUCAGCCCGGCCCUGUCAAGCCGAUCAGUUUUCCUGCCAAAACGGACGCUGUAUUCCUCGAGGCUGGAGCUGCGACCGCGAGGAUGACUGUGGGGAUAUGUCUGAUGAAAUAACAUGCACCUUUCCCACCUGCCAGCCUCUCACCGAGUUCAGCUGCUCCAAUGGACGAUGCAUCAGUGUCAACUGGCACUGCGAUUCCGACGAUGACUGCGGGGAUGGCAGCGAUGAAGCUGGCUGCAUCCAGACCUGCUCCAACAACCAGUUCCAGUGUGGCAGUGGACGCUGCAUCCCAAGCCACUGGGCCUGUGAUGGGGACAACGACUGCGGGGACUUCAGUGAUGAGAACUCAACCUGCAGAGGUGGAUCUGCAUUGCUGCCGGUGAUUGAGUGUGGCAGGGAGGAAUUUUACUGCGUCGCUGACGGAACCUGCAUCCCAGAACGCUGGAGAUGCGACGGAGACAAAGACUGUGAGGAUGGCAGCGAUGAGAAAGACUGUGAGGGGACCAAAAGGAUGUGUGACCCCAAGGCCAAAUUUACCUGCAAGGAUACAGGCAAAUGUAUCACAAAGAGUUGGGUGUGUGACGGAGACAUCGACUGUGAAGACCACUCAGAUGAAGAAUCCUGCGAGUCCUCUGUCUGCAAGCCGCCCAGAUACCCCUGUGCCAACGACACCUCCAUGUGCCUGACACCUGACAAGAUCUGCAACGGGAAAGUGGACUGUGCUGACCGCUCGGACGAAGGAGCCGUCUGUGACAUGUGUCUGGUAGCCCGGGGGGGCUGCAGUCACCAGUGCACCGUGGCACCAGGGAAAGGAGUCGUGUGUUCUUGUCCCCCUGGGCUUCACCUUGACUCCAGCAACAAGACGUGCGAGGUGGUGGACUACUGCAGCCGUCACCUGAAGUGCAGCCAAGUGUGUGAGCAGUACAAGACCACGGUGAAGUGCUCCUGUUAUCCCGGCUGGACGCUGGACUCAGACGGGGACAGCUGUCACAGCACCGAUCCAUUUGAGGCAUUCAUCAUUUUCUCAAUCCGGCAUGAGAUAAGACGAAUAGACCUUCACAAGCGAGACUACAGCCUGCUGGUGCCAGGACUUCGAAACACUAUCGCGUUAGACUUCCACUUUAGCCGCAGCCUCCUUUACUGGACAGACGUGGUGGAAGAUAAGAUCUACAGAGGACGACUCUCUGAGUCUGGUGGAGUGACCGGAAUUGAGGUGGUUGUUCAGCACGGCUUGGCCACUCCAGAGGGCCUUGCUGUGGACUGGAUCACAGGGAAGCUGUACUGGAUUGAUAGUAAUCUGGACCAGAUUGAGGUUGCCAAGCUUAACGGAGAAAUGCGGACGACACUGAUUGCGGGAGGCAUGGAGCACCCACGUGCCAUCGCUCUUGACCCAGGAGAGGGGAUCCUCUUCUGGACAGACUGGGAUGCCACGUUCCCAAGAAUUGAGGCGGCAUCAAUGUGUGGAGGUGACAGACACGUAGUGUUUAAGAACAUGGAGAUUGGAGCCUGGCCCAAUGGACUGACGUUGGAUCACCUGGAAAAGAGGAUUGUUUGGACAGAUGCACGCUCCGAUGCCAUUUUCUCUGCGCUCUAUGAUGGCAGGGGGGUCAUUGAGAUCCUCCGGGGUCACGAAUACUUGUCCCACCCCUUUGCUGUAUCACUCUUUGGAGGCUACGUCUUCUGGACGGACUGGAGGACAAACACUUUAGCGAGAGCCAAUAAAUGGACGGGGCAAAAUGUCACAGUCAUCCAGAAGACAAGUGCUCAGCCGUUUGACUUGCAGAUCUUCCACCCCAGCAGACAGCCUCAAGCCUCUAACCCAUGUAAGGAGAAUGAUGGACGUGGUCCCUGCUCACAUCUGUGUCUCAUCAAUUACAACCACACUGCGUCCUGCACCUGUCCACACCUCAUGAAGCUUUCAGCUGACAAACAGUCCUGCUCUGUACUGAAACGGUUCCUGCUGUACGUUCGACGCUCUGAGAUCCGUGGCGUGGACAUGGACAACCCCUACAUGAACGUCAUGACCGCCCUGACAGUGCCAGACAUCGAUGACGUUUCUGUGGUGGACUAUGAUGCUCAGGAGGAGAGGAUCUACUGGGCUGAUGUCAAGACUCAAACCAUUAAACGGGCGUUCAUCAACGGCACCCAGCUGGAGACCAUCAUCUCUUCAGACAUUGUGAACUGCGGUUUGGCUUUAGACUGGAUUUCUAAGAACUUAUACUGGCUCAGCUCCGAAAAUGACGAGUCACAAAUCAAUGUGGCUCGCUUUGAUGGGUCCCUGCAGACGUCCAUCAUCCAUGGCAUUGAUAAGCCAAGGUGCCUUGUAGUGCACCCUGCCAAAGGGAAAAUCUUCUGGACCGAUGGCAGCACCAUAAACAUGGCCAACAUGGAUGGGAGUAACAGCAAAGUCCUUCACCAAAACCAGAAGGAUCCUGUAGGUCUGUCAAUAGACCAUCCUGCCAACAAGCUUUACUGGAUAAGCUCGGCCAACAACACAAUCAACAGGUGUAAUCUGGACGGCAGUGGCCUGGAAGUGCUGGAGACCCUAAAGAGGAAGUUAUCCAAAGGCACGGCUCUGGCUGUGAUGGGCGGGAAACUCUGGUGGGCAGAUGAUGAAUCCGGUCAGCUGGGAACUGUCACCAAGAAAGAUGGACGCAACUUUCUGCCUUUGAGAAACAAGACAGGUGGAGUGGUUCAUAUGAAGGUUUACGACAGGGAAGGUCAGAAAGGAAGAAAUAUGUGUCAGGUGAACAAUGGAGGAUGCUCCCAGCUCUGUUUCCCAACCUCUGAGACCACCCGCAGCUGCUCCUGCACUCUGGGAUACAACCUGCGCAGCGACCGAACUACUUGUGAAGGAGUUGACUCAUUCCUGAUGUAUUCCAUCCAUGAGGGAAUCAGAGGAAUCUCUCUUGAUCCGAAUGACAACACGGAAGCUCUCAUGCCCAUCACAGGAACCCUGUUUGCUGUUGGAGUUGACUUUCAUGCUGGAAAUGACACCGUGUACUGGACAGACAUGGGGCUGAACAGGAUAUCCCGCUCCAAACGGGAUCAGACCUGGAGGGAGGACAUCAUUACGACUGGCAUCAGUCGAGUGGAGGGCAUCGCUGUUGACUGGAUUGCUGGAAACCUGUACUGGACAGAUCACGGUUUUAAUCUAAUAGAAAUCUCCCGCCUGAAUGGUGCCUAUCGCUCGGUGGUCAUAUCUGAAGGACUCGAUCAGCCGAGGGCCAUUGCAGUCCAUCCACAGAAAGGGUAUCUCUUUUGGACUGAGUGGGGGAAGAACCCCUGCAUUGGCCGCUCACGCUUGGAUGGUUCAGACCAAGUUACGUUGGUUAACUCUGGCAUCAUGUGGCCUAAUGGAAUUUCCAUCGAUUAUGAGGAGAAUACAUUAUAUUGGUGUGACGCCCGCACCGAUAAGAUCGAAAGGAUCAACCUUGAAACGGGGGAAAGCCGGGAGAUUGUACUGUCAGCAUCCAAUGUGGACCUCUUCUCGGUUGCUGUGUUUGGCCCUUUUAUCUACUGGUCUGACAGGGCUCAUUCCAACGGUUCGAUCCGUCGUGGACUAAAGAGGGACACCAGUGACAUUGUAACAAUAAGGAGUGGCCUUGGGGUUAAUUUAAAGGAUGUAACUGUCUUCAACAGGGGUAGAGAAAAAGGCACCAACCCUUGUGCCAGGAGUAAUGGUGGCUGCCAGCAGCUGUGCUUUCACCUGGGCAGCGGCCGCCGGACUUGUUCCUGCGCCCACGGCCGCUUGGCAGACGACGGUUUCGCCUGUGAACGCUAUGAAGGUUAUCUACUUUACUCGGAAAGGACUAUACUGAAAAGCAUCCACCUUUCAGAUGAAAGUGACCUCAACGCCCCCGUCCAGCCUCUUGAAAACCCUGCUUUUUUCAGGAAUAUCAUAGCUCUAACUUUCGACUUUGGUCAAAACACGGCUGGGACAAACCGCAUCUUUUUUAGUGACGUCCACUUUGGAAACAUCCAGGUCAUCAAUGACGACUGGACAGGAAGAUCCAUUAUUGCUGAAAAUGUGGGCUCAGUGGAGGGCCUGGCCUACCACCAUGCUUGGGACACUUUGUUCUGGACCAGCUCCACCACAUCCACCAUCACCAGGCAGAGUGUGGACCUGAAGCGGGUCAACGCCUUUCCGCGGCAGGCUGUGGUCACGCUGUCAGAGGACGACCACCCCCAUAACCUGGCUCUAGAUGAGUGCCAAAGCCUGAUGUUUUGGACGAACUGGAAUGAGCAGAGGCCCAGCAUCAUGAGGUCCACCUUAGCCGGCAAAAACAUGAAGAUCGUCAUCGGUUCUGACAUCUUGACACCCAAUGGUCUCACCAUUGACCACAAAGCGGAGAAGCUCUAUUUUUCAGACGGAAGCCUUAGCAAAAUUGAGAGAUGCGACUACGACGGCUCCAGCAGACACGUCAUUGUUAAAUCAGGAGCAGGAAACUUCUACGGGCUUGCCAUCUAUGGAGACUUCGUCUACUGGUCAGACUGGACUCGUAGAGCUGUGCUGCGGUCAAACAAAUACACUGGAGGUGACACCAAGGUUCUUCGGGCAGACAUGCCUCAUCAGCCAAUGGGAAUUAUAGCCGUGGCCAAGGACACCAACAACUGUGAGCUGUCCCCUUGUCGACAUCUGAACGGAGGCUGCGGGGACCUAUGUCUGCUGACCCCACAUGGGAGGGUCAACUGCUCUUGCCGUGGAGAACGUGUGCUCUUAGAGGAUAACAGAUGUGUAUCUGAGAACUCCUCCUGCAACAUCUACUCUGAAUUCGAAUGCGGAAAUGGAGAGUGCAUAAACUACCAACUCACCUGUGAUGGAGUUGCCCAUUGCAAGGACAAAUCCGACGAGAAGAUGCAGUACUGUGACAACAGAAGUUGUCGAAGUGGUUUUAGACCCUGCUACAACCAGAGGUGUGUGGCCAACAGUCGCUUCUGUGAUGGAUUUGAUGACUGCGGGGAUAACUCAGACGAAGCUUUCUGUGGCAACAUCACAUGUGGCUCAUCGGAGUCAUCCUGCAAGGACGGGAGCUGCAUCCCGAGCUCUGUGUGGUGCAACCAGGUCAUCGACUGUCCCGAUGCUUCUGACGAAAAAAACUGCAACCACACAGACUGCUCUCACUUUUACAAGCUGGGGGUGAAAGAAAGAGAUUUCAUCAGCUGCAACUCCACCUCGCUGUGCAUCCACCCGUCAUGGGUAUGUGACGGUGCAAAUGAUUGCGGGGACUAUGCCGACGAGACUAACUGCCAGGUUUCUCAGGGGCAGAAGUGUGAGGAGGGCCACUUUGCGUGUCCAGGAGGGAACUGCAUCUCCAGCGUUUGGCUGUGCGAUGGCCAAAAAGAUUGUGAGGAUGGAGCAGAUGAAUUCCAGUGUGACUCCUCGUGUUUGUGGAACCAGUUUGCCUGCUCCAAGAACAAGUGCAUUGCCAAACAAUGGCUGUGUGAUGGGGAGAACGACUGCGAAGACGGCCUUGACGAGAGCGUGCAGAUCUGUGGCACAGUAACUUGUGCUCCGGGGCUCUUCAGCUGCCCCGGGUCGUACGCCUGUGUUCCAAAGCGCUGGCUUUGUGACGGGGAAAGAGACUGUCCUGACGGGAGUGAUGAACUCGCUGCAGCAGGCUGUGCACCCAACAACACAUGUGAUGACAGCUCAUUUCGCUGCCGCAACAAGGCGUGCGUCCCCCAGCGAUUUGUCUGCGACCACGAUAACGACUGUGGAGAUGGAUCUGAUGAGUCGGUGGAAUGUGUGUACCGCUCCUGUGGAUCAGAGGAGUUUCGCUGUGGGGAUGGUCGCUGUCUUCUCAGCUCUCAGUGGGAGUGUGACGGCUACGCCGACUGUCCCGACCGCUCUGACGAACUGCCUCUGAACCUCAAAUGUCUCGCGGCAGGAAGCUUGUGCAACGGCUCCUUCUUCAUGUGCUCCAAUGGGCGCUGCAUUUCUGAAGGGAAUCUGUGUGACGGCAAAGAUGACUGUGGAGACGGGUCCGAUGAGAGGAACUGCAAUGUGAACGAAUGCUUAAACCGCAGAGUCAGUGGCUGCACACAAGACUGCCAGGACCUGACAGUGGGCUACAAGUGUAAAUGCUGGCCUGGCUUCCAUCUAAAAGAUGACGGGAAGACAUGUGUGGACAUAGACGAGUGCUCCACCAUCCUUCCUUGUAGUCAGCGCUGUAUCAAUACGUACGGGUCCUUCAGGUGCCUGUGUGUGGACGGGUAUGAAGCUUUGGAUCGGAACCCCAACACCUGCAAGGCUGUCUCAGCUGAAGAGCCGUUUCUCAUCAUGGCCGACCACCAUGAGAUCCGCAAACUGAGUGUCGAUGGUUCCAACUACACCAUCCUGAAACAGGGCCUUUAUAACAUUAUCCACCUAGACUUUGACUACAAGAAGGAAUUCAUCUAUUGGGUGGACUCAACCAGGCCGAGUGGUCGAAAGAUCAACAGAAUGCGCCUCAACGGGAGUGACCUGAAGAUAGUUCAUAGGACAGCAGUACCCAGUGCCUUGGCAGUGGACUGGAUUGGAAAAAACUUGUACUGGUGCGACGCAGAGAAGAAGACACUGGAAGUGUCCAAGGCGAAUGGUCUGUACCCCACCAUCCUCAUCAGCUCUGGACUCAAGAACCCCACAGAUCUAACUCUGGAUCCCCAGACAGGGUACGUGUUCUGGGUAGACUGCUGUGAGCCCCCCCACAUCGGGCGUGUCGGCAUGGACGGCCGAGGCCAAACGAUCAUUAUUGACACAGAGAUUUACAGCCCUACCGCUCUCACCAUAGACUAUACCAAUAAGAGGCUGUACUGGGCAGACGACAACCACAUCCUGUUUGCCAACAUGGAUGGCACCCAAAGACACAAAGUGUCCAGUGAUCACAUCCAAGGAGUUAUGGCUCUGACUUUGUUUGAAGACUUUGUAUAUUGGACAGACGGUAAGUCCAAGUCGCUACGACGUGCUCACAAGACCAUGGGCUCUCAAGGAAUUGAGCUCCUCAACUCUUGGCAAGCCAUCAAAUCCAUUAAGGUCUACCACUCACUGCGCCAGCCUGAAGUGCCCAAGCACCAGUGCCAGAUCGCAAAUGGCGGUUGUAGCCAUUUAUGUCUGCUGUCCCCUGGUGGGGAACACAAAUGUGCCUGUCCCACAAAUUUCUACCUGGCUGCUGACAAUAAAACCUGUCUCUCCAACUGCACCUCCAGUCAGUUUCGCUGUGGAACAGAUGAGUGCAUCCCUUUCUGGUGGAAGUGUGACACAGUGGAUGACUGUGGGGACGGCUCCGAUGAGCCUGCUGACUGCCCGGAAUUCAAAUGUCAGCCAGGCCGUUUCCAGUGUGGCACAGGCCUUUGUGCUCUUCCGCCCUUCAUCUGUGAUGGAGAGAACGACUGUGGCGACAACACCGAUGAGGCUAACUGCGAGACCUAUAUCUGCCUGUCUGGACAAUUUAAGUGCACCAGGAAACAGAAAUGCAUCCCCCUCAACCUGCGCUGCAACGGUCAGGACGACUGUGGGGACGGAGAAGAUGAGACAGACUGCCCUGAAAGCACCUGCUCCCCAGACCAGUUCCAGUGUAAAGCCUCCAUGCACUGCAUCUCCAAGCUGUGGGUUUGUGACGAGGACCCAGACUGUGCAGAUGGAUCAGACGAGGCUAACUGUGAUGAAAAGACCUGUGGACCUCAUGAAUUUCGCUGCGAGAAUAACAACUGCAUCCCGGAUCACUGGAGGUGUGACAGCCAGAACGACUGCGGGGACGGCUCCGAUGAGAACAACUGCAAGCCAGUCACUUGUAAUCACAAGGAUUUUGCCUGCGCAAAUGGAGAGUGCAUUUCCUCCCGAUUCCGCUGUGACGGAGACUACGACUGCCUGGAUAAUUCAGAUGAGAAUGGCUGUGAGGCUCACUGCGCUGACGAUCAGUUUCAGUGUCAUAACAACUACUGCAUCUCACUAAAGUGGGUGUGUGAUGGCCAAGAAGACUGCAAAAUGGGAGAGGAUGAAAAAAACUGCCAGGCAACAGCCGUCCCCUCGUGCUCGGUGAAUGAGUACGUGUGCGCCAGCGGGGGCUGUGUGUCAGCCAGCCUGCGGUGUGACGGACACGACAACUGUCUGGAUGGCUCCGAUGAGAUUGGCUGUGUGAAGGAGUGCAGAGAGGAUGAGUUUCUGUGUCUGAACCGGGCGCACUGCAUCCCUCGGCGCUGGCGCUGUGACGACGUGUUGGACUGCAUGGAUCACAGCGAUGAAGAAGACUGCAGCCAUGGCGCUACCUUCUGUCGGGCUGAUGAGUUCAUUUGCAACAACACUUUAUGCAAACUUCACAUAUGGGUGUGCGACGGCAAGGACGACUGUGGAGACAACUCUGAUGAAGACAUAGACAUGUGCGUGAAACUCCCCUGUCCUCCUACGAGGCCGUUCCGCUGCAGAAACGACCACGUCUGUCUUCGCACUGAUCAGGUCUGCAACAAGGUGGACGACUGCGGAGACAACUCGGACGAGGAGCAGUGUGCAGAGGUGGUGGCGGGGAGGCCUCGGCCCUGCGGGAAGACGGAGUUCACCUGCAGCAACCGCCGCUGCAUCCCCAUGCAGCUCCAGUGUGACCUCUUUAACGACUGCGGGGACGGCGGCUCCGACGAGCAGGACUGCAAGUCAUUUUCCAGCGGAGACGUAUGUGGAAAGAAAACAAAUCCGUGUGGGGAAGAUGCAAUCUGCAACCAGACAAAUGUUAAUGCUGUAUGCCAAUGCAAGCCUGGCUUUAAAAGGAACCAAAACACAGGCCUGUGUGAAGAGAUAAACGAGUGUGUGCAGUUUGACACGUGUCCUCAUUACUGCACCAACACCAAAGGCUCCUUUAAAUGCACAUGUGAUCGAAAUUACAAAGAGAUUAAUGGCAACUGCGUGGCAAAAGGACCGGAUGACCGGGUGCUCUACAUAGCAAACGACACUGAAAUCAGGAGCUUCGUGUUUCCGUAUAACCACAGCCAGGGGCACAAAAUGCUCACUCACAUUGAGGACAAUGCUCGCAUCAUCGGCAUGGAUGUUCUCUUUCACCACCAGAAGUUUAUUUGGGCCACGCAGUUUAACCCCGGAGGGAUUUUUUACAGAGACUCCCUUGAAAGGAGCCAGACCAAAUCAAGCAUCAGAAACAUUUGUUCAGAUUUCCGGCGUCCCCGCGACAUUUCUGCUGACUGGAUCACAGGCAACAUCUAUUGGACCGACCACUCUCGGAUGCACUGGUUCAGCUAUUACACAGCCCACUGGACAAAGUUACGAUAUUCCAUAAACGUGGGACAACUUAAGGGACCAAACUGCACUCGGCUGAUUACUGACAUAGCAGGAGAGCCGUACGCCAUCACUGUAAACCCAGCCAGAGGAAUGAUGUACUGGAGUGUAAUUGCCGAUCAUUCUCACAUAGAGGAGUCAGCCAUGGAUGGAUCAUUGCGCAGAGUCCUUUUGGAAAAAAAUUUGAGAAGGCCCACUGGUCUGACUAUUGAUUACUUCAACCAGCGAAUUUACUGGGCUGAUCCUGAGCUCUCGCUGAUAGGAAGCAUGAGGCUGGAUGGCUCAGACCCCCUGGUGACAAUCAGCAACAGACACGGACUUUCUCAACCGUACAGGAUUGAUAUAUUUGAGGAUUACAUCUAUGGAACGGGACUCAAAAACGAAGUCUUCAAAAUUCACAAAUUUGGCAAACAGACGGUGGAAUUUCUCAACUCGGGAGUGGAGAGACCAACCAAUAUUUUCAUUUCCAGUCGUUACAAACAGCAAGAUGCACCAAAUCCUUGCCUGAGAAUGCAGUGUGAAUUCAUGUGUCUGCUCAACCCGACGGGAGCCAGAUGUACCUGUCCAGAAGGAAAGGUGUUGGUUAAUGGCACCUGUGGAGAUGUCAACACCUCAGGUGAACUGUGCCGCCCCCCCUGCGAGAAUGGAGGACGCUGCCUGGCCAAUGAGAAAGGAGACUGGAGGUGCUACUGUUGGCCCGACUUUUCAGGGGAGCGCUGUGAGGUCAACCACUGUACAGACUACUGCCUAAACGGGGGGACCUGCAUGGGCUCGCCGCUGGGAAAGCCUACGUGCCGAUGUCCUCUCGGAUUCUCUGGUCCUUUUUGUGAGAGAAGAAUCUGUGACAGCUACUGUUUAAACGGCGGGACAUGUGACGUGACCGAGGGGAACCAGCCUGUGUGCCGAUGUAUGGCAGAAUAUACCGGAGACCGCUGUCUCAACCACAUAUGUCAUCACUACUGCGUGAACUCCAAAGCCUGCACCUUAUCCAGCAGCGGCUACGUGGAGUGUGUGUGUCCCACCAGGUUUGAAGGAAACAAAUGCGAGGUGGACAAGUGUCUCCGCUGCCAUGGGGCUCCCUGCCUCAUUAAUGAGGAAACGGGGGACGUGGUUUGCAACUGCACAAAUGGCAGAAUAGCGCCAAGCUGUCAGCUGUGUGACGGAUAUUGCUACAAUGGAGGUACUUGUCACCUGGACCCUGACACCAGCCUGCCUUUCUGUCACUGCACAUCAGGGUUCAAGAACCAACGUUGUGAUGAGCUGGCCAACCCCUGCGAUUACUUCUGUCAGAAUGAGGGGAUGUGCACAUUAACAGCUCUUAACAAACCUCGCUGCAAAUGUUCAGCCAAUUGGGCAGGAACGCAGUGUGAAAGACCUGCCCCUAAAAGCAGCAGAUCAGACAACACCAGUGGAGGGAGCAUUGCUAUCAUUGUGCCUCUGGUCUUGUUGGUCAUCUUGAUAGUGAUGGUGGUGACAGGUGUUUACAUCUGCAGACGGAGGCAAAGGGGAAAACGUGUCCAGAGGCAGCCCAUGACCAACGGAGGAAUAAACGUGGAGAUCGGGAACCCUUCAUACAACAUGUAUGAGGUGGACCAUGACAACCAUGCUGAUGCAGGCAGCUUGCUGCGACCCAACUUCACGCUGGACCCUCACAAGGGCUGGUGUGUGAAAUCCAGUGAUCCUCACACCUCGAGCAUGAAUUCUGUGCCCAAGGAGGUGAUACCCGGACAGCCCAUGAACUACUCCAACCCUGUGUAUGCCAAGAUCUACAUCGAUGGGCAAAACUGCCGGAAGCCAGUCAUCAGUAUUGAUGAGAGGAGAGAGCUACUCCCAAAGAAACUAGAAGGGACAAUUCAUGAAACCGCCGCAUAGCCUAAUAGCCUAACUUUAACUUUUGUACUUUCCUUUUCCCUUUUCUUUUUUAAAUCACAACGUACAAUACGAAGGAGGAAAAAGAUUCUUCUUUUUAAUUUCCUACGAGACUCUUAGAUUCUACAGGAAUAGCAUCAGCAUAAUGUCUUAAUUUGUGUGAUGAAAUGUUUAAUUUCCCCAUUUAUGUUUUGCUUUCUAAUGUUUGUAAAGUAAUACAGCACUAUACUGUAUACUGUCCUGAAGUGAUUUGCAAAAAACUUCAUUAACACCAUAAGCCAUUGCUGUGCACAGUUGAAAUGCAGUUCCAUGGUUUGUACUCUGUGUUUAGCCCAAAGGGAAUACAGACUCUGGGUUUCCUUGAGAGGUUAAUAAACAGAGAUUUUGACUUACUUCUCCUGAUCCAAUGUAUGUAUCGUAGAAAAAAGUUCCUGGUUUUAUCCUUUUUUUCUUCUGGUUUUUGUCCAUUUAUUUAAUUUAUUGUCGUCUAUGAAGUGUUCCAUAGCUGUCGUCCUUUUUUCCCUGCACCUGAUGGAUCCACUUCCAUCAGAGCAUAAUAUACACAUGCUCUUUUCUCACACUGUGUUAUCCCACGGUUGUUGUCUCUUAUUGGUUUCCACAGACUUCAAGCUGCAUCUGCCUAGUUUCUAUGGAAAUAUAUAACACAAAGUAAUCUUGUGGUCAGAGAGACGGAGGCCCACGCUGAAUGUUCACUCGUCAGAUUCCCUCAUCCCGUACUGCACACUCAGAGGACAGACACUGAAUACCAUAUUUUUAUAGGUCUCAUUUGUCAGCAGAUGUAUUGAAUAUUGUAAACAAGGAAGAGAUUUGCCACAGUUGCAAAGGUUAUUAAGAGGUAUUAUGAUACAAAACUUUCUGCAGAAAAGAAAGAUGAUAUAAGAAAUUUUAUAAUUUUGUAUUUGAUUUGUAUGUCGUUUGGCUGCUUGUAUUUUCAAGAAAUGUAUUAAAUGUAAGUAAUUUUUAUAUAAAAAUGUAAAUCAACAUUGAAUAAAAAGGGGCUUAUUUCCAAUCUG